AUGACAGUGGGUGCUCCGGCUGAAAGUGACAAAAAUGAGGAAGUACCACAUCAAAGACAAGAAUCAAUUUUUCAUAAAGGCUUUUUACUUUUGACCAUACCAACGCUUGUAACCAAACUUUGGGUUACAACAACGUAUUUUCCAGCUGAUCAGUAUCCUUCUUUGGAUGAAGUCAAAAAAAAUAUUUCACUCGUGUUCACUAAUCAUCAUUUCAGUCAAGGACCUAUUAGACCAAAUGUACCUGCCAUGGUUGAAAUUGGUGGUAUACAAAUUAAAGAAAAACCUGAUCCAUUACCUGAAGAUAUAAAACAACAUCUUGAUAGUGCUAAAAAUGGAGCAAUAUUUUUCAGUUUAGGAUCAACUGUUAAAAGUUCACAUGUACCAAAAGAAAAAACAAAAAUGUGGUUUGAUGUAUUAUCAAAAUUACCAUAUAAAAUACUAUGGAAAUGGGAAGAAGCGGAUGCUUCGGGUUUCGCAGACAAUAUUGUUUACAGAAGUUUCACAUCCAUAGUUUAUCAUGGUGUACCAAUGGUGUGUAUACCACUUUCCGGCGAUCAGCCAGAUAAUGCUCUUAAUGUUAUAAGCGAAGGAUAUGGUGUUUUAUUAGACUAUAUUAUGUUAGUCUGA